AUGGUUAAAGGGAAGUUGACAUCUUGGGAAGAUCAAUUGCCUUUAGUUGAAUUUGCUUAUAAUAGAGUCAUUCAUAAUACUAUUGAUGAGAAUGUGAGGCCUCGCCUUGAGAAGAAGAACCAAGACAUGGCCAAAGCAAAUAAGGGCCAGAAAAGAGUUGUGCUUGAAUCAGGAGAUUGGGUUUGGGUACACUUCCGCAAGGAGACAUUUCCAAACAAAAGAAAGACCAAGUUGAUGCCAAGAGGAGAUGGUCCAUUUGAAGUACUUGAGAGGCUCAAUGACAACGCCUAUAAAAUUGACUUCCCUCCGGAAUGUCAAGUCCACAACACUUUCAAUAUUUGUGACCUUUCUCUCUUUGAUGUGGAUGAUCAAGACCCCUUAAAUUUGAGGACAAAUUCUCUUCAAGAAGGGGAGAAUGAUGCAAUCCAAGUUGCCUCAAGACCAUUCACAAGGAGUCAAGCACGUGACAUUCAAGCUUUUCAAGGGAUGUUUAUAAAGAUGGACGUGUUGAUAUCUUCCCAGGGAUCCCAAGUGUUGAUGAUUGCAUAG